AUGGGCUAUGCAAGUCCAGAUCAGAAUGGUGCUGGGAUUCAUUCUCGACUGUACUGUAGAGCAUUCAUCACUGCAGAGCCGAACAAUGUGACCAAACGGGUGGUAUUUGUUACUUGUGAGUUAGGAAUGAUAUCUCAAAGGAUUCGGAUUGAGGUGUUAAAACAGCUGAAACAGAAAUAUGGUGAUCUCUACAGGCGGGACAACGUUAUACUGAGUGCAACUCACACCCAUUCGGGACCUGCAGGCUAUUUUCAAAACACAAUCUUUUUGAUCACAGGGAAGGGACUCAUAAAGUCAUCCAUUAACGCCAUUGUUAGGGGAAUCCUGAAGAGCAUUGAGGUGGCUCAUGAGAAUAUGAUAAAAGGCCGAAUUUUUAUCAACAAAGGGUUGUUAGAAAAUUCUCAAAUCAACAGAAGUCCCUUUUCUUACCUCCACAAUCCAGAGCCUGAAAGACUCAGAUAUUCAUCAAAUACAGACAAAGAAAUGGUGGUCCUGAAAAUGGUAGCUGACAAUGGCCAAGAAAUAGGAAUGUUAAGCUGGUUUGCCAUUCACCCAGUCAGUAUGAACAACAGCAACACUCUUACGAGUAGUGACAAUGUUGGUUAUGCAGCUUCUCUCUUGGAGCAAGAGAAGAAUAAAGGAUACUUGCCAGGGAAGGGACCAUAUGUAGCAGCCUUUGCAUCAGCUAACCUGGGAGACGUCUCUCCAAAUAUAAAAGGCCCACACUGCAUAAACACAGGGGGAUCGUGUGAAAACCUCUACAAUUAUUGCCCAGUAGGCGGGGCCAAGAUGUGCAUAGCUACAGGUCCUGGCAAGGAUAUGUUUGAGAGCACAGGAAUAAUUGGAAGAGCAAUCUACUUGAAAGCAAAGGAAUUAUACCAGGCAGCCUCUGAAGAGAUAAAUGGUCCCAUCAGUUCAGCUCACCAGUGGGUGGACAUGUCUAAUGUUACUGUACAGCUCAAUGCCACUCAUACGGGUAAAACAUGCAAGCCAGCCUUGGGGUACAGCUUUGCUGCAGGUACUAUGGAUGGUCCAGGAAUGCUCAAUUUCACCCAAGGCACAAUGGAAGGUAAUCCAUUCUGGGACGCAAUCCGUGAUAGUAUCCUUGUUAAGCCAUCCAAUGAAACACAAGAAUGCCAUAGACCUAAGCCUAUUCUCUUGCCUACAGGAGAGCUUUCCAGACCUUAUCCCUGGCAUCCAAACAUAAUUGAUAUUCAAAUAGUUACCAUUGGAUCUGCGGCAAUAGUGGCUCUUCCAGGAGAAUUUACGACAAUGUCUGGGCGAAGAGUACGGGAAGCUCUGAAGAGAGAAUUUGAAACUCAUGGAAAAUCAGGAAUGAAUAUUUUGCUUUCAGGAUUAUGCAAUGUUUAUACCCAUUAUAUAGCUACUUAUGAAGAAUAUCAGGUUCAAAGAUAUGAGGGAGCUUCCACCAUUUUUGGACCACACAGUCUUUCUGCUUAUAUCCAGUUAUUCCGAGGUCUGGCCAAGGCUAUUGCUACGGAUACUAUUCAGGACUUACCAACACUUCCAGAACCAAUCCUGUUUAAUAUAAGCCUGAAUUUUUUGCCCCUACUUGUCGAUGCAAAGCCACUGGGUAAAAAGUAUGGAGAUGUUACGCAAGAUGUGCAGCCAAAGUACCAAGUGGGAGAGGUUGCUGUCGCACAUUUUGUUGGUGCAAAUCCCAGGAAUUCUGCAGAAAAUAUGACCACUUUCACAUUCCUUACGGUAGAGAAAUAUGACAAUACUUCCCAAAGUUGGCAAGUGGUGCAGGAAGAUGCUUCUUGGGACACAAGGUUCAUCUGGCAAAAAGGCAGUCUGAAAUACAGCACAGCUAUAAUAGAAUGGCACAUUCCAAAGAACACUGAACCAGGAACUUACAGACUGCAAUAUUUUGGUCACAGCAAGGAAUUCCUGAAGCCAGUCCUUGCAUUCAAUGGCUCAUCCUCGGUGUUUGAAGUAUAUUAAAAUUGCUAAACAGUUAUUACAGGGUUGGAUUCAGGUUUAGAUGUGCACUAUGGAGGAAUUAAGAGCAGAGUUCGUCACCCACUCCUCUCCACACCAGCCUUAUCAGCCCCCUGAAACUGGAAGGGUGAACUGGAAGGGAAAGCCCCAAAUUGGGUAGGACAACUAAGGACAGGAACAAUAUUCUGGAUCCAACCCUAUCUUGAAGGAAUCAGGGCUUUGCUGAAUAUUUAUGAGUAGAUGGGAAGUUUGCACACAGCAGCUUGUGGGCACAUUUGUUUUGACACCAGUCCACAAUCUGUCCUUCUCAUUCCCUCCCUAAUAUUCAACCAAAGUGAUGCCAAAGUAAAAUGUUUUCCCCUCAGUAGAUCGCUGCAUGCUAGUAUUACAAUGCUCACAAUAAUUUGCUCUCCACCCUCUGGUGUACUGUAGGAUAUGGAUCAAAUGCAUCAUGUUUCUUGGCAGCACAUGGGAGAGCAUUUAAUGGAGACAUGACCUGCAUUUUUUGUAGUUUACUAUCUUCAGAAGUUUAAACUGAAGCUUCCAAAACAACAUUCUAGUCAGUAACUCAUUCUCUAACAGUGCAUAUCUAUUCGUGUCUACUCAGAAGUAUGCUCCACUGUGUCCAAUGGUACUUACUCCCGAGUAAACAUUCUUGCAUGCAACUGAAAACUGGUGAAGUCAGUUCUUGCCUAUGAAAGCUUUUGAUGUAGUAAACAUGCAAUCGUACACAUUUCUAUGUAGAAAGAAGCUACACUGAACUCAGUGGUCAUUACUUCCAAGUAAGUGGGUAAAAGACUGAAGCCUAACUGUGUUUAACUUUUGGGAACAUGAGACAUUUGUUGGCUUGCAAGAUGGUUUUCAGACUUUCAAGCUUAUCAUAAGAAAUGGCAUUAGCUGCCAGGAAGCAUACGUUUAUGCCACUGAAACUAAAACAGUGUCCUGAACCUGUGAAAUGGUGCUGAGCAAGGUAAGCUCCCCAUGAAAUUGCACUCGCAUUCUCUCAGAACAGAACUAUACAUUGGCACUAAUGUAAUGCACCUUGGGCCACUCUAGCUAACCAUUGUUAUGGCAAGCCAUGGGGACGAGGUGGCCAGCUUGCUUUCCUCUAGAUGGCUUGAACUCCAAUUACCGUCAGUUCUAGCCAGGUCAGCCAAUGGUGAGGGGCCAUGGGACUUGAAGGCCAAAAUAUUUCAAGAGCCACAAGUUACUCACCCCCAGUUGUAAGGCAAAAACAAUGAGCUGUAUUCCUGUGCAUCAGUGAAGCAGGACUAUGUGUUAUGACAUGUGAAAAACAAUUAACCAUAAUAAAGGCCCUGUAGCUGAAACAAACAUUUCAUGCUUACCAGAACAAAUAGCUUCACUGUUACUCGCAAACCCAAAUCUGAGUGCCAAUAACUAGAUGUAAUUAAAUAAAGAAUGUGCCUUGAGAAUGGGACACAUUAAAUCUUUGGUAGCUUGUACAGUGAUGGAAUGUUAUACUGUUUUACUCAUCUUGAAACUGAGGAGGGAACAUUCUUAAAGAUUACACUGUCUAGGUAUCUCUGCAAAUGGACUGAUGAGACCCUCUGCUUUGAGUGAAGGGUUAGACUGAAGAAUUUGCAUAAACGGCGAAGUAACGAAAGGUCCAAAUGACAAAGAGAAAUUGAAAAGAUCCCUGUGUCAAACGAGGGACUUGCCUAUGCAACGAGAGACUUCUAUAAAUUAUAAAAUCC